GACACAGAGCCCCGGGUCACCCAUGAGGCUAGAGGCCGCAGCCAGGAUGGAUCUGUUCAGGAAGCUAUGGAAGGCGAGGAAGCUGAUCGUCGUGGUGUUCAUCCCGCUGUUCCUGCUUCCCUUACCGCUCAUCCACCCCACCAGCGAGGCAUGCUGUGCGUACGUGCUGAUGGUGACAGCUGUCUACUGGGUGUCUGAGGCUGUUCCACUGGGUGCUGCUGCUCUCGUACCCGCCUUUCUCUAUCCGCUCUUUGGGGUGCUUAAAUCCAGCGAGGUUGCAGCAGAGUAUUGUAAGGACACCACUCUGCUGCUGAUAGGGGUCAUCUGCCUGGCAGCCUCCAUAGAGAAGUGGAACCUGCACAAACGAAUUGCCCUACGCAUGGUGAUGAUCGCAGGGGCCAAGCCCGGCAUGUUGGUGCUGGGCUUCAUGUGCUGCACAGUGUUUCUCUCCAUGUGGCUCAGCAACACUUCCACCACCGCCAUGGUGAUGCCCAUAGCCGAGGCUGUCCUGCAGCAACUCAUCUGCACUGGCCUGGCUGACAGCCAUGCCGACUCUGAAACCGCUGAGCCCCCCGAUGAUGACGGUGCUGCUUCAGACAAAGAAGAGAACCUGGACAAAAACCAGUUAGAGCUGCUCUAUCGCAACGACAGUAGUGACUGCACUAAAGAGGAGCUCUCUACACUAAGUGAGGUCCAGACUGGUGAGGUCAAUGGUUUGGGUCCGCAGCCUGUCUCUAACCAGUCUAACCUGAUGACCACCAUCAGACACACCAAUGGACAUCUGCCCCAGGCCGCAAUCGAAAUCCCAAACGUGAAGCGGGUGAAGGCCAGGAGGGACUCGCAGUAUCCCACCAAGAGGGAUCACAUGAUCUGCAAAUGCCUGUCGCUCAGCAUCACCUACGCUGCCACAAUCGGCGGUCUCAUCACCAUCACCGGCACGUCAACCAAUCUCAUCUUUGCCGAGCAGUUUAACACUCGUUAUCCAGAUGCGAAGGUGAUAAACUUCGGCACGUGGUUCAUCUUCAGCUUCCCCAUCGCCAUCAUCAUGCUGGUCCUCACCUGGCUCUGGCUUCACUUCCUAUUCCUUGGCUGCAACUUCAGGGAAACAUGCUCAUUGAGUAAGAAAAGGAAAACCAGGAGAGAGAUGAUGUCAGAGAAGAGGAUCCAGGAGGAGUACGAAAAACUGGGACCCAUCAGCUACCCCGAGGUGGUGACCGGCGUUUUCUUCAUCCUGAUGACUCUGCUGUGGUUCACCAGAGAGCCAGGUUUCGUGCCCGGCUGGACGUCCCUUUUUGAAAAGAAAGGCUACAGGACCGAUGCAACAGUGUCUGUCCUUCUGGGCUUCCUGCUCUUCCUCAUCCCUGCCAGGCGACCCUUCUCCCCCUCCUCCUCCUCCAGAUAUGCAAACACAGGUGACGAUGACCCACUGGCUCCCAUGAUCACCUGGAAGGACUUUCAGAGACUGAUGCCAUGGGAGAUCGUCAUCCUGGUGGGAGGAGGCUAUGCCCUGGCUGCUGGUUGCAAGGUGUCAGGUCUGUCAGUGUGGAUCGGCAGACAGCUGGAGCCCAUGAGUGGUCUUCCUCCCUGGGCCGUCACCCUGUUAGCCUGCCUGCUGGUGUCAGCGGUCACAGAGUUCGCCUCCAACCCAGCAACUCUCACCGUCUUCCUGCCCAUCCUGUCAGCACUGUCAGAGACUCUGCAGAUCAACCCCCUGCACACUUUGAUCCCUUCCACCAUGUGCGUGUCAUUUGGGGUCAUGCUUCCAGUGGGGAACCCCCCCAACGCCAUCGUCUUCAGUUACGGACACGUGCAGAUCAGUGACAUGGUGAAAGCUGGUUUUGGGGUGAACCUGAUCGGCGUGGCGGUGGUUAUGUUGGCCAUCACUACGUGGGGAGUUCCCCUCUUCAACUUGACUGAGUUCCCAGCCUGGGCAGUGGCCAGGAACGUCACCGGGAGCUUAUAACCACUGCUGGGGUGGGGUCAACGGGAGGAAGAUGGGAUGAAUCAGUAAAAGACAGAAAGAGAAAAUGAUAUGUGAAGAGGACGGUCAUUAACCUCCUUGAUAGACUGAUUAAACUGGAUCUGAGGGAGGAAGAAGGAUGGAGGGAAGGAGGAGAAGAAGAGGAGAGUGAAAAACCAUUACCUGUUGCUUAGAUUUAAUACUUAGGAUUCUAUAUUUUUGUUGGCCAGAAGAGGGAAUGCAUAAUGCCUUUGUCAAAGUGGCCACUGUGUGGAGCUCUGACCGCCAGCAGAAACACUUUUCUUCUACUUCUUCUUCUUUUUUUUUUUUUUUUACCUCCGUUAACAAAGUUUGAUGGAGAUCAAAUCACUGAAGAUAUUACGAAAACACUACAACAUAUUUGUGGUGAUCGAGAACUGAGAUUUUGUUUCAUGAUUUUUUUUAAAAUAGACACUUUUUAGAAGCUACCUGGGAAGUCUUUUCAGAGUCACAUCACGCCUCGGUCUGUGGAUUUUUUCACGUUUAGUUAGAAAUAAUAAUAAGCUGUAUGGACACUGGAGAAAAGCCUCUCUUUACUGCACACUUGCUGAACUUCUGCUGCACUUAGAUGUGUUGCUGUAUAACCAGAUCACACUGCAACAUGGUGGGCUGGUGACAAGUUACUGAGAAAAGAACGAGCUGACUGUUGUAUUAAAGCAAGAGUUCACGAAAAGAGGCUUCUGCUGUGGCUGAUAAUGUACUGUAUACAACUUUCAGAUGAACCCAGUGUCUAUAUGAUCUGCUUCUAAAGAUAUUACAGCUUGUGUACAUUUAGCAACACAUUGAAAGUGUGCACACAAUCCAUAGACAUUCUUAGCUGCUAUAUACAUUGCUUUACAAAUCUAGGCCUCUUAAUAUCUGCCUGAUGUCUUUACCAAAGUUUCUGAAGCUAAUUUUCAUCAUACUGUGAACAACAAAGCGCCUUACAGUACCACUAGUGCCUUCACCACAUCACUGUCUGUCAUAUUACUCUUUUAGCAUGACUGUCUCUCGUGGAAUCCAACCUGUAACUCUGACAGUGUUGCUUCAUGUGGUAUCAGAGCAGUGCAGGAACUCGGUUCACUACGACCUUUUUCUCAGCCAUGUUUCUGUACCUGAUACCAACACAAUAUUAAGAAUGUAAACUGUACUGUAUUUAAGGUAAAGAAAGUCGUACCAUCAUGUAUUUUAUGCUGACUCCAUUUCUGAGCUUUUACUUAAAGUGUCUUGCAUUUUGGGGUUUUGUAGACCAGAGGGGUUAGACACAGUCUUACUAUUAUUCUGUGUAUUCAUGUGGGUGCUUUGGACUCCACAAAUAAGGCUCCUAACUGUGUUCUUCCUAAUCCUAUUUCUCAGUGUCAUAAAAUCUGAGAAAAUUGUACCAGCUGAGUUCUUGAGCUAUGCCAAUAUAAAGAGCUUUAACCAUGAAAAUGUGAUUCUGUUAGUAGAAAACACUUAAGCUUUUUUCAAAAAUCAAUGAAACAAGAAUUAUGACAAAAAAAAGAGAGGAAAAAAAUGAAUGUGUUACAAGUUAAGUAACACAAAUGUCAUGUUGGAGGUGAGGUUUCUCUCCUGGCAUGUGAACGCAGAAAGUUUUGGGAGGUUUCAAAGUCCCUCCAAGUUCUGUGGAGUGUUUGAGUGUUGAAUGCAGCGUCCAAAGCUUUGAAGGAAGACGGACAGAGCGAGGGUUGUACCGUACAGGAGUUUGUUCAAUCAACUCUCAAAUCACAUUAACUGUUGUCUGGUGGUGAAAAGGUUUGCACAUAACUUUCACUGUACUGUGCAAAAAUAUUAAAGAUAUGCUUUAUAUUUUUACACAAUUUUUAAAUGUAAUUUGUGGCUUUUUUUUUUUUAUAUAUUAUUGCAUGAGAGGUUUAGGUCCUAGCGUAGGCAGAAUCAAAAGCCUGUGCAUUUCUUGUGUAAUUUAUUCAGUUCUACUGAAUGUUUCAUACAUCUUGAUGGUGUUACAGCAGUGACUUUUGACCCAGGGGCCACACUCCUUUGUACAUAUACAGAUUUGUAAUAUAAUGUGCCUUUGUCUGUUGCCAAAUGAGCUGUAAUAUUCCUAAAUGAUAUCUUGAUAUUUUAAUUCAUAUCCAACUCAAACGAAAACUAGAGUUAGGAUGAUACAACAUUACAAACAACAACAACAACAAUAAAACAACUAAAAGCAC